AUGGCUCAAGCUGGCGUAGGAUCCCAGGCUUCUCGCCUCGCCAAGGACCUAACCCUCGCCGGCCAGUCCGCCACCACGAUCCCCAGGCUGGUAUACGGCACGGCGUGGAAAAAGGAAAGGACUGCCGAUCUGGUAUACGCUGCGCUGAAGGCCGGCUUCCGUGGCAUCGACACGGCUGCGCAGCCCAAGCAUUACGACGAGCUGGGCGUGGCUACUGGUGUGAAGCGUGCCAUUGCCCAUGGCAUCAUUACGCGCGGAAACCUAUUCAUUCAAACCAAGUUUACUGCUCCAGGGGGCCAAAACCACAUGACGCCAUAUGACCCCAAUGCCCCUCUAGCCGAAAAGGUCGACCAGUCGAUCCGCUCGUCACUGAAAAACUUCACCAUUGAAGGGGAAGAGCCAUACCUCGACAGCGUGGUGCUUCACUCGCCCAUGGACACGAUCCAGGACACCAUGACUGUUUGGAAGACGCUCGAGUCCUACCACCCCCGAACGAUCCGCAAUAUCGGCAUAUCCAACACCACCCUGCGCGUGCUCGAAGCCCUCUACACCAACAUGACCGUCAAACCGUCGGUUGUGCAGAACCGCUUCUACGAUGGCACGGAAUACGAGACGAGGAUCCGUGCUUAUUGUCGCGGCAAGGACAUUGUCUUCCAGUCGUUUUGGACCUUGAGCGCUAACCCGUCGCUGGUGAAGAGCGGGCCCGUGAAGCUGGUUGCCCGGGGUGCUGGUGUUGAAGUUGCAGCCGCGUACUAUGCGUUGGUAAUUGGACUGGAAGGUGUUGUGGUUUUGGACGGGACGACAAACGAGUCUCAUAUGAAGGAGGACCUGGAGGGACUGGAAAGGGUGGGCGUAUGGGCUGAAGGGCCUGGGGCUUCCGAUUGGGCGUCUGCGCUGGCUGCGUUUAAGGACUUGAUCGGCAAUAACGGAUAA